AUGAGUCAUCCAACAUUACCCCAUCUACCGACGCAUUCAUCAAUCGAAUCAAAUAAUGAAGCUAUCACAUUAAUUUGGUUAGAUAAACAACUUGAUGAUCCAAAUAAUAUUGAAGAUGUUCUUCAUACAAAGAGAUUGUUAAAAGAAAUAAAUGAUUCUGUACUAUUUUAUAUCGAUCCUAAACAAUGUGUAGAUUAUAUAAAACGUGCAGACAAAGAAAAAAUAUUUUUAAUUAUUUCUGGUUCACUAGCAACAGAUUUUAUCGCUGAUAUUUGUCACGUAAAUCAAAUUGAUUCGAUAUUUAUCUUUUGUACCAGACGUGAAAAAUAUGAAUAUUUAAUUGAGAGAUACGAACAAGUUGUCGACGUUUUUACAUAUCAAGAUGAACUUACCCAAAGUGUACAACAAAAUGUCGAUUUAGUUAAGAAACAAUCAUCACGUUUCGGUAUAUUCGAUGAAAAACAAUGUUCAACAAAAUAUUUAAAACGUGAAUCAGCUACAUUUCUAUGGUCUCAAUUGUUACCUGCUGUACUAAAAAAAGUGGCACAAUAUGGUAGUCAAUCGAAUAUAAACGAAAUAGUUGCUUAUUGUAAUGCUCAUUAUCGUGGCCAUUCUGUUGAACUACUUAAUAUCCAAGAAUUCAAAUUAAAAUAUAAACCUGAAGAAGCGAUAUUAUGGUAUGCAAAACAAACAUUCAUUUACAAUAUGGUUAAUAAAGCAUUACGAACGGAAGAUGUUGAAACUUUGGGCAUAUUUCAUCAUUAUAUUACUAAUCUAUGUGCAAAUUUAGCACAUGAACAUAAAGAAUUACAAAUUACAUCCAAAAAAAAUUCAAAAAUGUUGAUAAUUAAACUUUAUCGUGGUUUUAAAAUGACUACAGAUGAAAUACAUAAAGUUAGAGAGAAUAUUGGUGGAUUGAUUUCAAUGAAUGGCUUUUUUUCUACUAGUCGACGAGAGGAUAUAGCAAUAAAAUUUGCUACUAAACCAACGGCAAAACGAAAAAAUAUUCAAAAUGUUUUAUUAGAAAUUGAAGGUGAUAUUGGAUUAGAUACAAUUGUUUUUGGUGAUACUGUAAAAUGGAGUGAAUUUCCAGAGGAACAAGAAGUUAUAUUCGAUUUGGGUACAGUAUUUCGAAUAGUUCAUGUUGAACACGAUGGUCAGAAGAAGAUGUGGACAAUACAGUUGGCGGGUAUAAGUGACUCAAGAAAAACUGUAGAUGAGUAUAUUGAUCGUGUACGAAAAGAAAUGGAAGAGACAAGUUUAACAUUAUUGUUUAGUCGUUUAAUUUGUGAUAUUGGCGAAUACAAUAAAUCAGAAAUGUUUUUAAAACGAAUGUUAGCCUUGUUACCUGAAAAUCAUGCGGAUAUUCCACAUAUCUAUUUGUCUAUUGGACGUGCAAACUAUUUUAAAGGUGAAUUAGAAGAAGCACUUAACAAUUAUAACCUAGCAAACACAAUAAUACGAACACGUUCAAAAACUGAUACACAUUCCGAUAUUGCUCGGGUACUACAUCAUAUUGGAAAUAUUUAUCUUGAAUAUAAACAAUACGACAUGGCAAUUGAUAAUUAUACUCAAGCAUUAAUAAUGAAACAAAAAACAUUAUCAAAAGAUCAUCCAUCAAUAGCUAAUACGUUAGAUGCUUUAGGAGUGGUUCACAAAGAAAAUGAUGAUUAUCAGAAUGCUUUAAUCUAUUUUAAUGAUGCUCUCGCAAUGAAGCAACGAACAUUAUCAAAAGAUCAUCCAUCGAUUGCUGAUACAUUAAAUAAUAUUGGAUCUAUCUAUGAACAACUCGAGCAAUAUGACAAAGCACUCGAAUAUCACCAAAAAUCAUUAAAAAUAAAACAGACAGCAUUAUCGAAUAAUCAUCCGUCGAUUGUAAUAAAUCUAAAUGCCGUGGGAAAUAUCUAUGUUAUUAAGCGUGAAUAUCAACAGGCUAUUGAGUGUUAUUUAUUGGCACUAAGGAUUGAAUUAAGAAAUUUGCCACCAAACCAUUUGGAUAUAGCGUCAGCGUACGAUAAUUUGAGUAUGACCUAUUAUGAACAAGGUAAUUAUAAGAAGGCACUUGAAUCAGCACAUCUUAAAUUAGAAAUUCAAAAGAAACAUUUUCCAGACACGCAUGAAUCAAUACAAGAGACCAAACAGUUUAUUGAUACAUUAGAAAAUGCUUUACGGAACGAAGAAUGA